UGGCCUUCAAAUAGGGAUGGUGCAAUUUGGUGUAAUUCUUUCAAACUUUGCCAAAAUUACAGUUUUAUAUGGCUUAUAAAAACUACAGGGCAAUACAGGUACAUAAACAGUUGGUAGCAAAAAACUACAAAGGCAAUAAAUAUUAUACUAUAUCAGCACAAUAGCCAAUGGACAGCCAUAUGUACAGAACACAUUAAACUGGGUUGAUGUAUGUAGUAGUCUUUUACUAAAAAAUUGACAGUGGUAUGGUUUAAAUGUCAAUUUUUCUUAUUUGAUACAAAAGCUGUAUUUUAUUAGAACAGUAUUUAUGUGCCUCUUUGCAGAAGGUACACUCUGCUUUUUACAAAAAUUACAAUUACAGGGCAACCAGUUUGUAGAAUAGAAUAGAACAGAAUAUUCCUUUAUUGACCCCCCCCCCCAUGGGGGAAAUAACCUGCCUGUGGCUGUUUUAACUUUUCCUAAUUUAAUCUUAUAUUUUUCUUCUUCUGUGUUUCACUAUCUAAGUUAGAUAUGUUCAUUAACACAUUUUAAGUAUGCAUUACAAACAUUUUUACUUGACUAUUUUUUUAAUUUUCCCACUUCAUGCGCUUUUAUUUUGAAGGAUUUCACAGGAAGCUUGACAUUCAGUUGAUUCUACUUAACAGUUUGUGUUUUUCUUUGACAAAAACAUGGAUGUGAGUCAUAAAAAUCGACCCUGUCGACUUGCCUUUGCAUCAUGAAAUGUAGCAGCAGUCUCCGGAUAUUUUUUCGCAGAAGUUUUUCCUUGAACUGAUCGCUGGAAAUUAUAAAUCCGGCGGUUUGUUUUCCACCUCGGUAAGAGAGGUUAAGCUCUUCUUUGCCCACCGAGGCUGAGCUCCUUUUGUCUCCAGCGUCUGUGUGUUUUUUUUCACCGUGUCAACAUGGAUAUGUACGGAUACAGCGGGGUCUUCUUGGUGAAAAGAUUUCUGGACAAAGACGUCUUCGAGGUGACAAACAUGUCUGACAUUAACAAGGCGAAUCCACACGGCUGCGAUAACGGAGCUCUGACGGACAGGUUCGGCGUCCUGAUCCAGGGACUCCUGGCUAUUGUUGCCUUCAGUACGCUGAUGUGUGAGUGUCUGAUCCGUUCAUUCUUGUGUGUCUGUAAACACGAAAAUAUCACAUUAUUAUAGUGUUAAUUUAGGCAGAGGAUGCUCGAAAUACAAAGUCAUUAAACUCAAUUUUAAAAACCUGCGCGUGUCCACGUGGCGUUUUGUUGACGUUUGUUUGGACUGAGCCUCAUUAGCUGCACACCAAACCCCUUUUAAAAACACACUUAUUUAAUGUUGCCGUCCUGUUUACUAGAUUGAACUUAGACAAUCUUUCAAAUUUUCUUGACAAACACAAUUUUUUAACCUUGUAAAACAAAUCCGGAUAUUUUGUCAAUUGUUUCUGUAGUGCCUGAUCAGCGUGGCACCAAACUCCAUUGAAAAACAUCUGCUUUUUAUUGCACAUUACUUCCCCAUGUUAAACUCGCAACGUGUAUUGUUUCUGCAUCUGCAUUUGGCCUGUAUUGGUUUCUCAUUUGUUUCUGCAUAAAUUACAGUCUCCGAAAUUCCUCAAAUAUGAUAGAAUUAUGUCUUUUUUGUUUAACACCAUCUUAUAGACAUCUCCCACGUCCACAAACAUAAAGAGUCAUGGCAUGUACAUAUAUUCUAACACACUAAACCUCUUUUGGUAACAUAUUUUAAAGCCGAAUCUGACAUUGAGACACAAAUUAAAGUAUCCACAAUCUAGGUUCACCAUACCUCAUAGAAUAUGCUUGAAAAUAGAGAAGCAUUAAAAAGGAAGUAUUUUUUAAAGGACGUUUCGAUAGGGGUAAAACUUGCCAACAUUAUUAUAAUGCAAUCCUUGUAAGCUUUUACAGUAAGCAAAUCAUCAGCUGCUGUUAAACUAAUGUACCAUUGUAUUUGAACUUGUACUCCAGGGAUUGUAUAUGUCUUUUUCUUUUUAUUGCACAGAAUUUCAGUCAUGGUUUCAGAGAACAUGUAGUAUUCGUUGAAAUAUGUGCAUGAUUCAGUCACACUUGCUUGUGACCUGAACAGCAAAACAAGAUGUUCCUUAUUGACAGCCAACGCUACACAGUGAUCCCUCUAUACAAUGCCCAUUGACAGCCAAUUAGGUUGUGAAUCAGUGGCUGCUGACUUGGAGAUGUUCUGCAGUGAGACCAUGUUUUGUGCUCCUGCAGCAGUUGAGGCAAAAGGUGUUCAUAUCUGAGAUCAUUGGACACUGCAUCAAGUGAUGUAAGAGUGCUGGGAAAUUUUGUGCAGUAUGCGAUGAUGCACGGCACUCAAAUGCAACCUCAUGAUAAACUGCUUGAAAACAUCCUCCAUAAUAGAUGAACUCUAGCUUCAGUCAUUUUGGCUCUGUAGGGAUAUAAUUACAUGCAAACUUGAGCACUUAUUUGUAAAGUGGAAACUUAACUACUUUGUAGAAUGCUCUUCUUUGCUGUUGUCUGAGCAAAGAGCCUUUAAAAUGCUCUUAGAGUGAAGGAAAAUAUACCUGAUAUUGUUCCAUGAUUCUGUAUCGACUCUUAAAAACACUUGAAAUGAAUAUAUUACAUUCAAAGAUUUCAAUAUUUGCUGAUUAAACCAAUGGGGAUAAGAUGCAAUUCUAAUUUUCCCAACAGUACCAGCCUUGCAUCAACAUGUGGUUGUUAGUGAUCAGGACACAAGUGACUUGCUUUAAGUAAGAGCCUUCAGACUUCACAUGAACCAUCACUCUCCAGUGAUCAGAUCUCAGCCUCUCUCUUUAGAUGCAAAUUUACUCUCUCUGAAGACUGAGCCUGUUAGUAUAAGCCAGGCAUCAAGUGAUCAUUGCUGCAGAUACAGGGAGAGUGGCCGAGGACAUGAGCGUAAAUGACCAUGUCUGGGUUGCGUUACAUUGGGUUAUUCUAUCAUUUUAUAACAUGACUGAUAAUUAUGUCAGAAGCAAUUUUAAAUGGCAUUAUUCUCUAUAUCAUGGCAGGAUCAGUAAAGGCUGAGGGCUCGAAUCUUAUUUCUCACUAUCUUUCCAACACUAAUCAACUGCAGCCACAUUGACCAGACUGCCUGCAGUGUCUGCAGACGUUAUUGUUUGUUUUUUGUUUGUAGAUGUGAUGCAUGAUACCAUUGGCAUGAUGUUGGUAUUGACAGAUGACAAUCACUUAAAAAUAAAUGAUUGAUAUCAGUAGAUGUGGAAUUUCAGCAGAUACGAUUAUUAGCCCAAAAGGUGAUGCAUUUAAUACAUGCGUGAAAAGACAGCUCACACACAUUGGCUGUAUGGAGGUGCUGGAAACAGACAGCAGAUGAAUGUGUCAUUAAAGAAAGAAUAUAAUGAUCAUUUAUGGUAAACUUGAAUGUUGUUUAUCUUGUUUUAAGUGCAGUUCUAAAAUACCUUAAAUCCUAUAAUAUAGGCACACCCCUUAAUUUGCUUUUACUGCCGUAGGUGCCAGGCCUUUAUAUGAAGCAGGCCUUUAUUUAAGAUUUGAAGUGUCUUCAUACUGACCUCUUCAGAGUUUUAAAUGGUGUUUUACAAUAUUCUGAUACUUUCAGACUGUGAAUUUUUUUUAUAUUUGUGAGCUGUUAGAACAAUCAUUUAGAUAGGCCCACCCUUAAUUUGAAUUUACUGCUGAAGUUACCAGGCCUUUAUAUGAAGCAGGCCUUUAUUUCAAAUUCGAAGUGUCUUCAUACUGACCUUUUCAGCGUUUUAAAUGGUGCUUUAUAAUAUUCUGAUAUUUUCAGACUGUGGAUUUUUUUUUAUAUUUGUGUGCUGGGAGAAUAGUCAUCAAGAUUAAAACAGCUUAAUUCAGAAAUAUUUCACUUUGUGUGUGAUCAAUCCGGAAUUUUCUGAAAACCAAGAAGUGUGGGCCAGAGCCAACAACAACUUCUGUCUCUGAGUCAAACGAUGUAACAGAAAAACUGUUACCCAGUCAAAGACAUGCAGGCUAAGGUCUUUGAGUUCCUUCUGCAUAUCAGAAUAAACCAAACUGUAAUCUCUGUAUUGUCUUAGAUAUCAUGUUGCUUCUUUAUCAUUAAAAAAAGCCCCUCGACAUUGCCAAAAGAUUAAAUCUAGGCUUAAAUGCAAAGAAAUGUCAAACCUAAAUCUGUAUGCAUUUGGCACAUUAUUAUUGACCUGUGACACGUGUACACUGCAGUUUGCUUUAGUAUUAAGAGUAUAUCUUUAAAGGUCAAAGCAGUCAUGUUGGUUUCAUCAGCUCAUCAAACAGCUGCGCUCAGAGCAGCUGCAGCUUCAGAGGACUCAAGUGUUGCAGAAUCAAGCGAGGCCUUCAGGGUGAUUGGGAUCAAUGAGCUCUAACCUCCACUCAGUUACUUAUUAGCGGAGAAAUCGAUACACACACUCCUCUCUCUUUUUUUCCCCCCUCGUUCCUGCUCUCAGCACAAGUGCCAUUCUUGUUCAGAGCACAUGCAUCUGUUAAUAUUUACUCUGCAUUAUUUGAGCGCAGCAGAGCAUUAAGGGCCCUUCAGCUAUGAUCGCUGUGGCGGUAUGCCAAGUCACAGCCGAGCCAGGGCUGCAGCAUGAGUCCUUCUGAUCUGUGGUUAAAGUGCUCUUCCUAAAAGGCUAUUUUGGGAGUUUCCUUCCAUUGAGUUGUCAUUAUCCCUGCACUCUUAUCAAUCUGAUAAAGGCUGAAUUUCUGUUUUAGUUAGCCAAAGCUUUCCAGAGCAAAGUUUCAAGUUGAAGCUUUGCUUCUUUUUUUUUUUUGUGCAGAGAAAAGUUUGUCAGCCAACAGAGUUUCAAAGCAGUUGAAAAUCGCUCCUUUCUUUAGAUUCAUAACCUGAAUAUGUUUGUUUAUCAUUUUAAUGGAAUAUUCUGGCAUAAAACUAAUUUAGGGUCAAACACACCGUAACACCGAGUUAGACACCCCCUCGAGAGAUGAAUGUUGCAGACCGCUUGCUUCUCUAGUUAUAUCAACUUUAGUGAUGACCGCACGAUAGCAAUACACAGCAGUCUGAGGAGGCACACACAAACCUCAACCAAAACGCCUUGGCGUCUUGGUCUGAUUGCAAUUCCAUGAAGAAAUGAUCAUGAAUGUUCUUCAUUGAGCUGCGGCACCCCGCUGUAGUCCGUAAUGGACUGGCCCGAAGUCUCACUACAAACAAACAGCUGCUGGAAGAGAGUAGGGGAGUUGUGUUCGGUCUCUUUGCUAAAGAAAUCAGGCAAAAUUAAAAAGAUGUUUGGUGGCUAGUACUAUGGCUGGGACCCUAUAUGUACUGUUGAUGAAGUUAGGUGAUGUUCUGAGCAUUAUUUGUGGCUAUAGAGUGGCGUUUUGGUUGAGGUUUGUUUAUGGCUCCUCAGACCGCAGUGUAUUGCUAUCGUGCGGUCGUUACUAAAGUUGGUAUAACUAGAGAAGCAAGUGGUCGGCAACAAUCAUCUCUCAGCGUUUGGGUGUGUUUGACCCUCAAUUAAUUUAUGCCGGAAUAUCCCUUUAACAAUCUCAAUUUUUAUGGAGAAUCUUGGCUGGUUGCAAUCUUAGACUAAAACAAAUAAUUUUUACUUAAUGUAGGUCUGAUUGAGGUUGAAUCCUUUUAUGAGAAAGAAAUGAGUAACUGGCUGAAAAUUUUAGAAAAACUGAAGACAAGACCUAAAAAGUGUUGAUAUUCGGCUUAAGAACAACACUCUCUUUGUGCAGUUUUUACAACAUCUUUUAUUUAUUCAUUCAUUCGUCAGAACAAAUCACAAGAUUAACAUCAGAUGAAACAACUGAUAGACCCCAAGACCCUAAAACUUAACUGGGGGCUGAACAGAUACAAAACAUCUCUGCAGGACGCCUCGCUCCUGUCCCCACAUGCAGAGUCACAUUCCCUGACCCUGUUAGAUGGCGAGAUAGAGGAACAGUGGGCGCCUGUUCACCCUGAGCUCAGCAGGGACGAAUGAAAAUGUGACGGUGUGAAAACCAGGACAUACGCGAUCAGCUGUGUGUCGUCUGUUUUCGCUGUGCAGGUCAAACUACCUGCAAAGAAAGUGAAACAUGAAUUUGAAGGAUGAGCACAAGUCCAGCUGUAACAUUAUUGAUUAAUCGAGCCACUCUCUGUUUUUUUUGUCUGCAGUGAAGAGGUUCAGGGAGCCUGUGGGGAUCAGACGACCAUGGAGGAUCUGGUCAGGAAUAUCUCUUCUCAUCAUCUCUCUUCUCCUUUAGAUUGUACACUUGUAAAUAAAGGCUGUAAAACCAAAAGAAAGUUGAUCCAAUCUGAAUUAGUUUGAAAGAUUAAUGAAACAAAUCAAUAUGGCUGCUAAAAACCUUCAGAUUUCUACUGUUUUGAACAGAAAAGCAAAUAAAUUUGUCAGAAAUAGAAAUUAAACUCAGUCUGUGUCUUUUUUACAGGUUUUUUGACACGUCCAAACAAGCCAUUGGUGCUCUUUUCAUCCACUUUGCCAACGUCUUCCUUUCCACGCUCACCAAAGAGGACCCGUGCUCCCUGUAAGUUCUCCACCAGCAUAAAUUAAGUCAUGACAAGAUACAGGUUUGGCUGAUUCCCUAUUUUUAUGUCUUCUUUAAAAGCUAUCUUAUGAACUUUCUGCUUGAUGCCACAUUGGGGAUGCUGGUCAUCUGGUUGGCUGUGAAGUUGGUGUCCAAACUGGUGGAGUACAAGGAGUGGACUCUUCUCAUGUUUGGAGAAUAUGGUAAGAAAUCAUCUUUUUGGUCAUUCAUGCAAAAGUGAAUAAAGAGGUAAAAAAAAAAAAAAGGUAAUAGAUGCAGUCGUGGUAAAGGCCACUAGAGGGCAGUGUAGACUUCUUUUGGAGGUAUGCAUAAAGGGAGGCGAGCCAGCAUCUCCAGCUGCAGCCUGGCCUGGAAAAGAGUCCUUCUUGCUUCAGAGUGGGAUUAACUUCAUGCCAGUUAUUACACUUACUCGCUGCGUUUUUCGUUUUUGUUCUUGUCUCCUGAGAUAGAAGCAAAAGGCAAGAGCAGAAAGAUCUCAAUCUCCGCCCCUUUUUGGAUGAACAUCAAGUUUCAGUAUGCUUAGUAAUAUUAAGAAAAUGAUUGCCUUAAAAAAUUGUGUAUUCAUGAGAAAAAAAAAAAAAAAAACAGAAGGCGAAUUCAUGUAAUCCCGAACACCUUGGCAUUAAAAUCUCCGUCUUCUCCUCCUCUCUCCGUCUGCCUCUUUGUGUCUUCCUCCUCCCUCCUUCCUGUCUUAAUGACAGGCCUGUCCUGCUUUGUGUCUGCUGUGAGGAGACACCUGCGCAGGACAGCUUUUCUUGAAUUUUAGGGAAAGGUUUGGAAGAGUACAGGACAUAAGUUUGUGAAAGAUUUCUAAAAACAGAGUGUGGAAAAAGCCUGACAAAUUCCCAAUCUUCGAUGUUGAUCUAAAACAGCUGUGAAAUAAGAUUCAGUUAAAACACAGUUUGCUAAAACCUUAGAUUUGUGAACCUGUGAGUGUUUCUUUAAAGCUAUAAAGCCGAUGAAGUGUUGAUAACUGCAGUUCCUCAAAUGUCCACUAGGCGCUGCCUCCCAAAGUUUAGUCGGUCUUGUAAUCCUGUUAUCCUCAGAAUUUAAGACUGGCUGCAGUAAAUGGAGUAUGUUGAUGUAUAUGAGAUGUUCACUGUUGUUUUUUCUCCACCCGCUCCCCUCCAGGCGACCCUCCUCAGGCCGCAGCGUGGCUCGGUCAGUGUGGGGUCUACCUGCUCAUCAUGGUGCUGGAGAAAGGUGUGAUCAGCCUGGUGCUGCUCGUCCCCGGCUGGUCCAAAGUAAGUGGUUGUGAUUACGUGUGUUGCUUUCAGGGCCCUUGGGAAAGAUACAUGUUUCAAAAGACACUGGGGAGAUCCUUGUAGAUUUUCCCAUGGCUCAACCACCAGAGAGGAUGUUGUUAAAUAUUAACAUCAGCUGGGCGCUGACUGGAUUUGUUAUAAUUUGAUUGGAAUCAACCAUGAACCGGAUUGAAGUCAAAUUCAAGUAAAUUUAUGGUCAGUGCAAUCAGACUCCAUGAAAUAAUCUGUAUAUUUAAAAUCCUCCUGUUUCUGUCCUUGUUUGGUCGAGUGUUUAAAGUCUCUGACAGUGUUUAGAGGAUUAAAAUCAUUAGGAUGAGAGAGAAUAAACAAGAGGAAGAUAAAAAAUGACCUUUUAUUUUACUGGAGACAUGAAGUCAAUGGGAAGUAUCGGACAGACGGUCGUUUGCAUGACAACACGACUGUAUUUGUUUAUUGAAGUAAGCCACAACCAAAGCAACAGAUGUCUAUUUAAGGAUUAAAAAUGUGGCCUCUUCAUUUAUUACUUAUUUAUGUCCUAAAGGGAUUUUAUAAAAAUAAAAUGUUCUUUAGAUGACUUCACUUUCUUUAUGUAAAGAUAGUCUCCAUCUUAUCUGACAAGUCGCUAUUUGGACGUUAGUUUUAUUAAAUGACAAUAAAAGUCCACCUUUCAUUCAAAGCUCUAUUAACUCCCCAUCUUCAUCUGUCUGUGAUUUUCACGAACACUACAGGCAUAGAAACUGAAAUGUAACACUUCAUAGUCCCUCAAGCUCUUGGACAAGCAGGAAAACACUGUCUUAAACUCCGUCAUGAUUAAUCGAGCGUUUGGUGACAAUCGCAGCGACUCCUGCAUGUUUACAUUCUGCAGUUUAAAUGAUAUAUCAGUGUGAAAAAAAUUUUUGUUCUGUUAAGAUCUGGCCAAAUAAUGAAAGUACUCUAAAUCAAAUGAUCAAAACUUAAUGAAAACUUUUAUUUGUGGUGUGUUGAAAGUUGUCUAUCAACGUAUAUUGUAUUUCAGUGCAGAAAUACAGGAUAGUUACCUGGUUUUAAGGGCAUUUUAAGCUAAAAUGACUCAUUUUUGCUCUGGAACAAAAACCUUAAACUCUCCUGUCCUCUCUUCCAGCUACAAGAGGUGCUCCUGAGCUACAUCGCUAACCCUCAGCUGGAGCUGGUGUUGGUCAUGCUCAUCGUGCCCUUCAUCGUCAACGUGAGAUCUGCUUUACAGCCCAGUUUCAGCACUUUGAUCUCAGGGUUUCGGUCGUCUUUUCGCUGUGUUUGUAACUGUUAUUGUGUCUCUCUGGCUCCCUCUGUAGUCCAUCAUGUUCUGGGUGGUGGACAGUCUGAUGAUGAGGAAGUACAAGACCAUGAAGAGCCUGGACGACUCGUUCGAAGACUCAGUGAAGAAGGCGGACUCGCUGCCCUGGGUGAACAGCGAGGAGUCACGGGUAAGGACAAUUUAGAGUACUUCAUAAGAGGUGGAUGUGUCUUUCAGGUCUGGAUUCUCAAAUUGAUCCUGAAGUAUCUUGAACCUUCAGUCUUUCUACUCUGGGGAAUCACUGGGACAUCGAUAGAUUAUACUGCGUCAUAUUACAUUGUAGGAUUGAAUAAAAAAUAUAUAAAAUCAGCAUUAGAACAUUCAAAAUAGGUCGAACUGACUUGUAGAAAGCUGACUGAGUUCUGGGACUGACUCAUUCUGUCUCAAAGGUUUUGGAGGGUGAAAAACGGUCGUUAAUUUUUCAGCCACGUAGUCACGCUGGGUGUCAGCUGCACCUGUUGUUUUGGGGAUGAACACAAAGCAGACUGAUCUUCUCUUUCUACACUCCAACCAAACAGGAACAAACCCAGAUGAUCUCAGUCCGAGAACAACUGACUCACACGUCCCCCGUUACUGUUCAGAUGGAGAUUUCUAAAAUUCCUCUCUUGAUUUUUUUAUUUUUGUUUUCUUCUGCUUUUGGACAAUUUUGCACUUUUGAGAACUUGCAGAACUCCCAUUGACAGACCAUUGUCUUUAUGCUUUUUAAGUAUUUUUGAAUUGUAAAUAAUAUUUUGAGCAGAGUGUUCAACUAGGGCCAAAUACAUUUUCAUUGUUGUGUACCACAGAGGUCUUUGCUGAUGCUCUGCCUGCACUACCUUUUACGCAUGCACAUAAAACAAGGGGUGGGUGUGCUCUACCUGCUUCAGCUUUUCAUUCAUAGACAAACCCAGACAGCCCCCUAAAAAGAGGAGAUGUCCGGCUAAAAGAGGACGUAUGGUCACCCUACAUAUAUUAAAGGUGUGCUCUGGUUGCCUUGGCUUUACAUGCUUACAGAUAAUGCCAAGAGAUGUGUGCUCUCCCUGCUUCAGAUUUUCCAUGUGUGCAUAUGAAUCAGAGGACAGGUGUGCUCUCCCUUCCUUGGCUUUUUUAAUGCAUUGACAUGAAACAUAAAGGAGGUGUGCUCUGCCUGCCUUAGGUUCAGCAUUUUACAUAUGCAUGAGGACAGGCAGGGAGCUCUCAGAACAGAAACAGACUGCCAAGUAUAAUUGAUUGCAUCAUUCUGUUUGUCAAAAGUUGAUCCUGACUGAAUUCCUCCUUUUCGUCAGUGUAAUGUUACCCAUCCGACUAUGUGUCUUUGGGUUGAGUUCUGGUUCAGUCGGACCAAUGGCUAAUGCUUGAUAGCAACCUCCUCCGCACAGCACAGAAGCCAGAGUUAUUUUUCUUUUUUUUUCCGUCUGUUUGCAAAGUUUACCCCACGGAUACCAGAACAAGCCCCUCCCCGCCUCCUCUUCUUUUGUGUUAGUCUUCUGGGCAGCUAUAAAUCAAGCCUUUUCUUGCUAAUAGAAGUGACAUUUAGGAGUCUUCUCCACGCGCUGAUGUUAUGGAAAGCAGACUAAAGUGGAGGAGGACACCAGAGAGAGGGGGGCAUUGACUCGGAUGAGGUUUUGCUGGGGGUGGUGGUCGCAGCUAUGGUCAUAAUAGUCACAAUGCUGCUGUUGUUUCUUAUGGUUCUUCAGAAGAUUCAAGUCCGAUAUCAGACUCGUAUUAUUCAACCAAAGUUUGAUACCAAGUGACUGAAAAAAAGAAGAUCUGGAUCUGCAAAACUCUUUUAAGUGGCUUCAAUCUCAAUUUACCCACAUGUCAGCCUCUCAUAUAAAGAAACAUAUGGAAGUUUUGAUGCUGUAAAUGCCAUAUAGGAUGGAUUUACUCCUCUGAGAUUUGAAUCUCUGCUGCUGCUUCAGAGCUAUAACCUUUUAGUCGGUGAAUAAACUGAGUUAUUCCCCAUUUUAGGAUGGGAACGCAGAACUAAGAUAUUUCCCAGAUUUUAAUCAACAAAAGCAAAGAAUCAUGGCACAUCAGAGCUGCUAGGAAGAAACAGUGUCUCAGUGUGGUGAGAGGGGUAAACCCAGACUGUUUGAGAUUCAAUUCAAACAUUUACAAUCAAAAUAUUUGGGAUCAUCUGAAAUGUUCUGUAGGUGCACGUGUAUUAGGAGAAAAAAACAAUCUUGAGGAGCACUGAUGAUUCUUUCUUGUAACUUUGUAACUUUGUGUUUUAAAAGAACACACAGGUUUUCUCUACUUGAUUUCUAACAAAAUUUAAAGUUUUUCUCAGUCCCUGCUUUCCUUAACAAGUCUUAAUAGUCUUAAAUCUUUCUUUUCUCUCUUUAAGGUCAAAAAUGUCCCUAAAAUCUUUUUGAAAUUUUGAAAAAGUUUCAUUUACUUAAAAGUAUAAAGUUAAAUCAGUUUCAUUUUUCUUCAAGGUCAUUAAAAGUUUUUUCAAAAAAUGUUGAAAAUCUUAAUCAGUGUUGUUGUUUUUCUUUUUUUUUUUAAACUGAGGUCUUGAAAUGGGAAAGUCUAUAAAUUUUUAGUAAGUUUAAAUUUUUAUAACAAAGUCUUGAAAUGUCUUAAACAUCUUGAAAAUCUGUUUAAUUUUGUGAAUUAAGGCCGUUAAAUUUAUUUAAAAGUCUUUGAAGUUUUAAAGUAGUUUAAUUUUUCUCUUUGUCUAAAAAUGUUUUUUAAUCUUUUUUAAUCUUGUGUUAUGAAAUAUCUCCAAGUCUUGUUUCGACCUGUGAAAGGUCUUAAAUUUGUGACAGCCCUUUGACUCAGAAAAAUCUGAAAAUCUAAGUUCUCUUUGCUUGAUAAAAAAGUUCUUCAAAAGUCUUGACUUUGCUUUUAAAAUUGUACAGCACUUGUAAAGAUAAGCUUUUAGAAUCCACUGUGUAUGACUUUUUUUAAUAUGCUUUCACUUUCUGACCCUGUUUUCAUCGUUCUUCAGGUCCUGCUGACGGUGGAGACAGACACAGACGAGGCCUCAGAGGGGGAGGAAGAUCCUGCUGAUGCUGGACCCCUCCCUCAUGUGCACUAUUCUGGAGGACCACUGAGACCCAGCUGGGUGGUUGUAUAAACCCAGAUCAUGUGACCUCCCACCUGUACAUCUUCCUUCCACACAUAAACCACUGCUAAAAGCCUAAAUAUGAGCAAAAAACAAAACCUAGAGCAUCCUCGCCUCAGAUUAAAGGUCCAAAUAUCAGCUUCCUGUAAGCAAAGGCAUGACGAAAGGUUAUCAUACCUGUGAAUGUGAACACUACAGCCUUAGCUGCCUUUCUGCACUGAAGGUGAGAAUAGUUACAGCUGAAGCUUGACUUCAUGUAUGCAUGUAAAUCCGACUGCUUUUUAGGAAGGAGAGGCUCUUUAUUUUCUCACCUCGCUGCCUCCGUUAGCUUCAAGAGAACAUCAGACGGAGAAACCACAACUGAGCAUGUGUAGAAGGAGAUAUGAAGAAGCCAAGCAGCCAUAGGGCGAAAUAUUAGAGUGGUGAAGGAGUUGAAAUGUCCCUUCUCCACACUGGGGGCUUUUUUUUUUUCUAUCAGGAGUGAUGUUUCUCUGAGGAGAGUCAUUGAAAGUGUAUCAUAUUCCAAAGAGAGGCCAGUGAGUCAAGUACACAAACAAGUGCUCAAAGAUUUAACCUCUUCAGAAAUCAUCACCUUUUUCAUUUCUAAUUAUAGUCAUUCCAACAAGUUUGCCCCGUAGCAGCUUAUUUUAACUUUGAGAGGUGGUAAAUACUCGUAGUAAAAACCACGUGUGUGUUGGUUUUGGGCUGCAGCAGCCUUCAUGGACCAAACAUGUUGGAAAGUGGUUAUGUGAGGAGGUUUUUAGUUCCUGUCUCUUUGAAUGAAUUACAUGCAGGCAGGAUUUUUUAAUGUCAUGGUUGAAAGGACCAGAUCUCACUGUGCUAUGUGCUGUUCAUGAUGGUGUGUCAGAGCCGCUGUCAAAGAAAAACUGAGAUUUUCGGUUUAAUGCCUGGAGAUUUUCAAAGCAGUUGCAACUCUGAUGAGGAAGAAGUUAUCUUAAGAGAAAAGUCGUUAUUUCGCAUGAGUUAAAGCACAAUUUUUAUAAGAAAACAAGAUCGUUUAAGCUUGUCGCUAUUGCAAUAUUUUACUUUUGCCCUUAAACGUUGAACAAGAUAGAGCAGACAUGUCUCUACCCUCAACAUGACCUACAACCAGACUGAUCUAGCUUAUCUUAGCUUAGCUUAGCAUAGCUUAGCAUAGUGACUGAAAAGAGAGGGAAACAGCUAGCUUAGCUCUAUCAAGCACUGACAAAAUCGACUUAUUAGCUCCUCUAAAACUCAGUAAAGACCACAUUUCAUCUUGUGUCUCUAAUCUGAGGUUUAUGGGGGCGUUUCAGUGCUUUCUUUGCUUUGAGCAGUAACCUUACUGACAUCUUCCCUUUAUACUACAGACUGAUUUCCUUGUUUAACUUCAGGUUUGAGUUCCCACUUAAGCACAAUGUACGGAACUCUGUUAAAUGAGGGAUCACAGUCUGCAGGUCAACAAUAACAGCAGCAGAGCUAGCACCCCCUGCCUUUAGUCCACCUUACAGGUAAAUAUUUACAUUUUGACUGUUAUUUCUAAUCUACAGUAUAAUAUAGAUAAUGAGUUAUUGUGACUUUUGCGACUUCAUCUUAAAAUGUACAAAUUCCUAUUUCAGGGUUAUUUUCUUGAAACAUUUUCAAAUCUCAGUUUUUCACAAUCUGGCCGAGAUGCUCCAUCGUUUACUUCCCACAGUGGGAUAAUAACUGACAAAUUAACUGUGUAUUGAUAUGGCACAUUUUACUUUAUUUAUUCUUAUUUUAUAUAUAUUGUGGUCCAGUCUGUGGUAAAGAUGUUUGAACUGGAAGUUUUUUGUGAGUUCACAGAGGAAUCAGAAUCAUAAGAUAGAUGUAUGUUACUUUGAUAAUGAGAACACAUCCAUUUAACAGUUUAUGCUUCAGUUUAACAUGGUUUUUAGUUCAACAUAUUCCCUCUGUGAUGUUUUAUUUUGUAUCUGUAUGUAUUUUUUUAUUGUAAAAUGAGUUAUUACAACAACAGCACAGCUCGCCCUAAAGUGUCAUUUACAGGCUGUAAAACUGCCUCGGUGCUUCUUACCGAAUGUAUAUCUCUUUUAUCUGAAUAAAGAUGAUUGACACAUGAA